AGGCUGCCAUGGGGUUAAAGCGAUCCCAUUUCCACUCCUCUUACCUGCCCUGGAGACAACAGUUCUCGCUCUCUGCCUUCCCUCUCGUCCACCACCUCUGUAUGCAAGCAAGCAGUUUUUAAUACGAGGCCUUCGCUUAGUGCUGAAGCUGUUUGCUUUGCCUUGGAGCUGUUGCUGGGCUUCUCUACAAAUGCUUUGCGCGCCAUGGACGGCGACUUGAAGAAGCUGAGGGUUCGGUUUCCUGGAGUACGAAAGGGAAAUAACUUUGGAAGACAGACUUCGGCGGUACCACCACAACAAAGCACUGCUCUUGGAAGUUCUGAGAUGAGCAGUGGCGGGGAAUAUGACGCUGCAUUCGCAGCCACAAUUGCAGCAGCAGCAUUCGCAAUUGCUGCUCGAGAAGAGAAGCUUCCAACUCAGAAGAAGCCUAUACCCAUCGAGGCGGUGCCGCCUGCCCUGUCACCAGUCAAGAGAGGAGAAAGCAUGAAAAGACCUGGAGGAGGAAGCAAAAUCUCAAGAUGGUUCAGUGGCAAAGAACCCGUUGAAGAUGAUGAUGACGGACCAGUCAACGUAUCUGUAAGGAAGCCGCUGAAACCAGCACGUGGAAAGCCUGAAGAUAGAGCUCCAGAUCAUAAGGUGACACCAAAGAUGCUUGAAACUUCUAUGAGUGUAAAGAAGGGUUCAGGAUCCUCCAACAAAGCAGCAGAUAGGAAAGGCAGCAAGAAGUUUGAACAAGAACAGGCGAUUCAAAAAGUCCCGUCGACCGUCAGGCCAGCUACAUCGUAUCAUUCUAGACGGAACGGAGAAGGCACAGCUGGAGUGACUGCUACUGGUGGCACGGGAACCAAGGCUGAAGAAUGGGAGAAGGCAAAGCUUGCAAGAGUUAGGGAGGAGUACGAAAAGAUGAUCGAAACCAUAGCUGAAUGGGAGACUGAGAAGAAGGUGAAGGCGAGACGCCAAAAAGAACAGAAAGAGACCGAGUUAGACAAAAAGAGAGCAAAGGCACUGGAAGAAUACAACCAAGAGAUGACAAGGAUCAACAAAGUUGCUGGAGGAGCAAGGUCAAUGGCGGAGGAAAGAAAAUAUAAUGAUGAGAAGAAGAUCAGAGAGAAGGCAUACAAGAUACAAUCCACUGGAAAGCUUCCCCGCACAUGUGCUUGCUUUUGAGAAAAGAUCAAUACUGUGAAAUUUGAAACUACUUUGUAUCAAUAUGGUGAAAUUUACAAUACAUAUCAAUACUGUAAAGCCCAAAGCAUAAUCUGGGUGUAAAGCUACUUUAUAUCAGUCGCCCUUUCAGGGGCUAACUGAAAAUGAAAUCCAGGUGGGAAAAAGUGAAACUCGAAGGAUGUAAAAGCCACAAAAUUGUUAUGUAUUGUAAUAUGUAUUUGGUUUGAAAA